AUGGACGACUAUUACAUGAGAGAGAAACGAAGGGAAAUUGUACUGAGUCCUGCAGUACCAGUGAAGAUCGGAUAUCCAAGCAGCCAAAUAAGUGGAGUUUUCAUCGCCCGUCAGUGGACCGAGAAUCGUCCCGCUGAUGCGCCACUACCUUUCAGAAGAGUGAUAUCAAAAGCUCUCGGGAUGAUUCGUUCGAAUCCAGUAGCCUUUGUGGUAAGUGCGACGACGUGUUGUGCUGAGAUUGCAUCUCAGAUGUUCGUUUUCGUGUGGGCUCCAUUAUUUAUGCGUAUCGAGCAUAAUGGUGGGAAAAGUAUUCGUGAAUUGCCGUUCUUGCAUAAUGAUUGGAGAGCUACUCGUUUCGAACGUGUCUUCUUAUGCAUGGUGGUAUUUGAAAUCGCCUGUGGAGUCUAUAGUCCAGCGAUGGAAGCACUGCAGGCUACAGUUCUGCAACUCCCACCACAACGUUCUGCCGUCGUGGCUCUGAUCCGCCUUCCAUUGACGUUUUUUCUCUCGCUAUCAAUCUUGAUGUUCUUUCCCACAAUUGGUGGCGAAUUCAAAUUGAUGACAAUAAUUGUCAUUCUGCUUUUUAUCGCUACAUUGCUGUCGUUGCUAUUGGAUAUCAUGGUAAUGAAUCGUGGCUACGAGCAGGAUCCGGAUCGAUUUAUCUUACCAAAAACGAUACUCACUGAUGUGAAACAAACGGAACAAACUACUUGCACAUCUUGA